CAGACCAUCGGUCAGAAGAAAGGACUGCACUAGUCGAGGACGAGUUGAAGAAAGAGAAAGUUUGAGUCUUUCCAUUUGUUAAAUCACUUUUGUCUUUCCAGCCCUAUUCAGGACUAUCAGGAGCAGUCGGGCGGACCACUCCACCGAACCGGGGAGAAUGACAUCGCUCCUGGGCGGACUGACACCGCUGCUGUGGAUCCUUGGGAGUUUCAUUGCUGUGGUGCAGGGGGACUUUGAGGAACCAUCUCCCGGGUUCUCGGUGCAGUCCUUGACCGAGGUUGAGACCCAGCUGCUCUGCCGGUUCAAGGUGGAAGUGGGCCAGGUGGUGGUUCAGGUCACCUGGACCAAGGAGAGAGCAGAUGGUACCAAGGACCAGAUCAUCACAGUACACCACACUGCCGGACAAACAGAGUUUGGUCAGUACUCGGGGCGUGUGCGGUUCCGCAGCAAUGAGCCCACAGUGGACUCGUCUCUGAUCAUCAUGAACACUGUGGAGUCAGAUGAGGGCAGGUACAACUGUCACAUCAGCACCUUCCCCUCGGGGAACUUUGAACGACAGCUGUCACUCACCGUGUGGACCACGCCCAUCUCCUCCCUGGACCCUGUGAUUCUUGUCGAGGGCCAGUCCUUUCGAUUGGCUGCCUCCUGCCGCUCCGUGGCCCGCCCCCCGCCCAUCCUCAACUGGGACACAGACCUGACGGGCCUGUCACAGAACAGGAGCUCGGUGGGCGGGUCAGUCUCCACCCACUUCUCCCUGCACCCCCUGAGGAGUAUGAACGGGAUGAGACUGGACUGUCUGGUGAGGCACUCUGCUCUGAAGGAACCCCGCAGGAUCACCAACAACCUGGUGGUGCACUAUCCUCCCAAUGCAGAGAUCUCAGGGUUUAAUCAGAACUGGUAUGCUGGUCUGGAGGGAGCUUCCCUCAGCUGUGUCAGUGGAGGAAACCCCAAACCACAGAGUUUCACCUGGACCAGGAAGGGUGGAGACUUACCAGAGGGCGUGACGGCAGGGAAUGGAUCCCUGCUGUUCAAUAGGCCCCUCGGCCCAACAGACGCUGGUAUCUACCAAUGUGUGGCCUAUAACGUUGUGGGGACCGGGAAAGCAGAGGUGGAGAUCACUGUGACAGAGUUCCCUCAGAAGCCGGUGUUUUUCAACAGUCUCCUGAUGAUCAUAAUUGGAGGGGUGGCUGGAGGACUGCUACUCAUCAUGGUCAUCAUAGUAAUCUCAGUGACCCGUCACCACAAACGCAAAAACAAGAAACUGGAGAGAGAAUUGACUGUGAAGAAGGAUGAGAUCAGUACUCUCUCCAGGCAGGCCUCUUUCAGGAGAGUCAACUCAGUCAGUACGGAUGCUAGAGGACAGAUGGAGGAGAAUAUCCCUCUCAGAGUGGAGGGGACACUGCGGACCAGUCUGUCCUCUCUAGGGGAGCUAGGGCGCAUCAGGGACAGUCGCUCUACUCUGGUAGGGGGAGGUGGACUAGACUACCUGGGCCGACCUGUUCUGAACAACUCUUCACGACGAGGGAGGGAGACCAGAGCCAUGGACAGAGAGGAGGAGAACAGACUUAGGGUGGAGUCAUACGUACGGAAUAGCACUAUGUCUUUGGGAACCCGUCUCCAUCUGCCAAUCCAACCCUCUCCCUUUCCAAUGGAACAUUCCACCAUGCUGCUGAGGUCCCUGAACGGCAGCGUCAUCAUCCCAACAGAGGGGGGUUUACAUGCACGGAACUCCCCUCUCAGCUACCCUCCUGUCACAGAUGACGAAGAGGAGGAGGGUGAAAGUGUGGAGGGAGAGCGGGGGACAAGCUCCAGGAUGAGUCGGUUAGAUCAGGGGAGGUCAGAGGACCAGGACAACAGUUCUCAGAUCUCAGACGCGGAACGUGGACACAACCAUCACUUCCAGCAGAACAACGGAACGCUGAGACCCAAACCCCGGCCCAACGGCAUCCCAUCCCCACACGCCUCCCUCAUCCAUAAGGCCCAGAUUGUAUAGACGGGUCCGAGCAAGGGCAGGUGACGCACUAUACGACAAGGAUUGGUCGUGACUUUGGGAUAGGUGCUCGCCGGUGUGGUGGCAUACCCCGGUGGCAGUCAGUUUACCUCCUUUUCACUUCUAGAACAUCCCUUGCCUUCGCCUCGAGCUCUCAGACAUUUUUGAUCAACAGGUAAAGGUUCUUAUUGGUGAACAGAUAAAGCUUCUGAUUGGUGUAGAGAUACAAAUAAGUAACACAUACGUUUCACAGGAAAGGAGCUGGACAAAUUAAAAGCUUAUGAAUGUCAGGUUGGACAUAGACCGAAGUAGUCAUAAUAUUUUACUGUAUAUAAUAUCACAGCAAUAACGAUCACUCCAGGAAGCGUCAAGAGGACUUUUACAUGAUUUUGUACCCUAAAAAGACUUAUUUUGUAUUUUUGUAUUUUUUUUACUAAGACUUGAUGACAGGACACUGUAACCGAGAAACAAGAUUUGAAUAUCAUCAAAUGCAGUGACUCCUAUCUGAACUCAGCGAAGAGGCAUUCAGCAGAAGCACCAAUAGCGCUUGCCCGUUCGAAAGAAUCCAUAUGUGUUGGUGAACUUUCACCCUCCUUUCCUCUGGAUGAGGGGAUACAACACAUACUGUUCUGUUCACCCUAAAAUGGAGUCCAUCUUUCUAACUUUAAGUGUGGCAGGGAUUUAUCUAGAUAUACUCCACCUUGCCAUGAACUUGGGUGUGCACAAACAACAACACUUUGAACUUGCUAUAGUCUUUGAUGCCAAAAGCCAAAGACUGCAUUUUAGCUGUGGAAAAAGUACCCAAUUGUCAUACUUGAGUAAAGUAAAGAUUACUCUAGUGAAAUUCACCCAGUAAAAUACUAUUUGAGUAAAAAUACUUGGUUUUAAAUAUACUUAAGUACA